UAAUGAAAGAAGCCUAUCUUGAUGCUAUACUCCUUUUUCUCCAGUCAAGGUUAUUUUUCCCACAGGGUUUUUGUUACUUGACAGAGUUUUGAAGAGGCAACAAGACACAUACAACAUUCUAUCUACAACUCAACACAAGGGGGAGUGUUGAAGAAAAUUCUAUGUUGUGUACUAUCGUUUAGAUAGAAUAUGUAUUAGGGAUUUUCUAUGUAAAUUAUGUAUUAUGGUCCUAUUGGUCCAUACUUGUAAACCCUACUCGAUUCCUAUUUAUAGGGGCUUUGGUAAUGAAACUCUACGAACAAUUCCCCACAACACCUAUAAGUGUUUACAAGACAAAAAUAUUAUCAAUUUAAAAUUUGACAAAAAGUGAGUUGACCUCCUUGGCUAAAAUUGGAAAGGAUCGAGAUGUCUUUCGAGCUCUUCUUCCUUCGCUCAUCACCUCCUUGCACCAGGACAUCCAUGGAGGAUGAUCAGGCUAUCAACAAGCUUCUCGCAUCAGGCCGUCCCUGCUUCUCACCUUCAUCAUCGACCAUGAGUCCACCAACGCGACGCCAUCAAAGCUGAUGGAGACCACCGGUGCGAUGCCAUCGAAGAAGACGAAGACCACCGGUACAACGGCGACGGUCAGCGACGGCGACCUUCUACGAUGGAAACACCACCUUUAUCUUCUUCUUCGCUGCUUCUCUUCACCGUCUUUGUUCAUAAGCUUCAGAUCUGUAAUCGAUUUUAGAUUUGUGAUAGCUAAUUGUCCUGAAAUGGGGAAGGAAUGCUGGCUAUUGGGGCUAAGGUGAGUUGCAGAUGGGAUAAGGGGCUGGGGCGAGGAGGGUGGUGGUUGUUGGGGCAAGGAUGCGCUGUUGGGCGGUGCUAGGGGCGGAUCCGGUUGUGGCCGGCUGGGGCGGGUAUACCGUACGCAUUAGGGCGGGACUGGUGAGCCGUGGAGGGGAGUAGGAUGUUGGUCGGACAUUUUGACGGAAAUUAGUUGGAGCAAUGGUGUGGGGUUCAUGGUGUUGGGUUGGGGUGUUUUCCGAGAGUGGGGCGUUCAGAUGGGAGAGGGCAGUGGAAGUGGGAUGUGUAUGGGAGAGGCACUGAUGGUGGCCGGAAUAGCCGUGGUCAAAAUAAUUGUGUGUCAUUGCAGAGAUGUAACUGCGGUGGUCGGUGGUGGGGAUGUCACUGUGACCACAGAUUGGGGCGCAGAUGUCAUUGCGGGGAUGUCACUGCGGAGGUGUCACUAUAGCCGGUUGCGGUUUUCAGGCGGCGGCGAUCAUCGGUGGGAAGAAGUUGUGGAUGUCACUGUGUAUUUGUCACUGUAGCGUGUUAUUGUGAUUUGCGGCGGCGUCACUGUGGCGACGUCACUAUGGCAACGUCACUAUGGCGAUGUCAUUGUGGCGGUGGUGGCGGCGGUGUAAUUGGCGUGAAAAUUUUGACUUUGACAACUCUCGGUGACAAGAAAAACGAACACAGUGACAUAAAUUUUUUGAAGUGACAUCAUGUUUUCUAAUUCCAAAUAUGUGACCUUGUUAAUCACUUUUUUGUCAAUUUUAAAAGUGCUCACAUUUUUGGAAGUUCAGGCCAAUUUUGUAAGAUUAAGGGAAUAACCC